GCUCGACAGUUUAAGGAUCGACAGAGAGCUCGGUCGGUAGGCAGACGAGAAACAACAGACACGCAGACGACGACGACGACGACGGGCGAUAGGCGACAUGGCGCCUGUUGCAAGCUCUUCGAUGACGACGAUGGAUGCGGAUGACAAGGAUCAGGUCUGGAAAGCUGCAUCUACUUCGAAACUCUCCACGCAUAAAGGGCAAGGGGAGGUAGGAGUUGAGCCCGCGCGAGAAGAUGAAAGGCCGCAAGAAGGGCCCAGCGCGAGCGCACGAAAGAGACGCUUCCAGCCGAUCCGCCACCUUUACGAGCCGCCAACGGCCCCAGCGGUCGAUGCCAAGCUCGAAGAGGAAGCGGCAGCGCAGAAUAUCGCUCAGCAGGCUGGUUUCGAGGGGAGGAGGGUGCGCAAGUUCUUGCAGCGAAGGACUGUCGACUGGAACGAAGAGUACAACCGAUGGUCCCUGGCAAGACGGCUGCAGACGUGCGCAAGGGCAGACAAGGUCGUCAGACCGGGUGCGAGCCAUGUCGUGGAGCUGCUCCCCGCGGCGGCGUACAGAAACUCGGCACAGGCUGUCACAACCAACCUGGUGCACACCUCGACGAACAAGAUUCGAUGUCCCGUCAAUGUUGUUCGAUGGACUCCGGAGGGAAGGAGGCUUUUGACUGGAUCGUCUAGUGGAGAAUUCACGCUGUGGAACGGUCUCACCUACAAUUUCGAGACAAUCUUGCAGGCCCAUGAUCAUGCCAUUCGGUCCAUUCUUUACACCAAGUCAGGUACCUGGGUGCUGUCUGCAGACCAGGGCGGUAUCAUCAAGUACUUUCAGUCCAAUAUGAACAACCUCAAGGUACUGCCUGCCCAUCGCGAGGCAGUUCGGGACCUGAGCUUCUCGCCAGACGAUGCCAGAUUCGUCUCGGCCAGCGAUGACAGCACGCUCAAGAUCUGGGCUUUUGAUGAGGCUAGGGAAGAGAAGACGCUCAAAGGCCACGGCUGGGAUGUCAAGUGCGUCGACUGGCACCCAUUCAAGGGUCUCCUCGUCUCGGGCUCCAAGGACAACCUCGUCAAGUUCUGGGACCCACGAUCGGGAGGCAACUUGACGACAUACCACGGCCACAAGGGCACUGUGCAGAGCGUAAAGUGGAGCAAGGACGGCAAUCUCGUUGCGACGGCAUCGCGGGACCAGGUCAUCAAGCUGUACGACAUCCGGUCGAUGCGCGAGCUGCACACGCUCAAGGGCCAUCCCGUCGAUGUAUGCUCCCUCGACUGGCACCCGCACCACCGGGACCUGCUUGUCUCGGGCGGGUCAGAGGGCUCGAUCAUGUUCUGGUCCUUGCGUGCCUCGGAUCCGACUGUGCCCGUGCACUCCAUGCCGACUGCGCACGAGUCCAACGUCUGGACGCUGUCCUGGCAUCCACUCGGACACGUCAUGGCGUCGGGGUCCAAUGACCAUGCCACUCGCUUCUGGGAACGGGCGAGGCCAGAAGAUGGACGGCAGGGGGAAGGUGGGAGCCGGGAUGAGGCCAAGCAGGAGCGGUACAAGGCAGCCGCACGCGGAGGCGCAGGGGAAGAUUGGGACGAAGACACGAGCUUCAUCCCUGGCCUGGGCAAUGCUGCGCGGCGGCAGCCUACUCAAGCACAGUCCAAUGCGAAUGGAGGUGGCGGUGGCUUUGCUGCUGAGCACGCCAACGGCGCGUUCAACCCGAGAAGCGCAGAUUCGGACGAAUUUGCGUUGCCGGGCAUGGGGGGCGCAGCGAGAAUGGGCGCUCAAGUGCAGCAACAACAGCAGCAACCGUCGAUGGGAAUGGGAAUGGGUACGGGCAUGGGCAUGGGCAGACCUAGCGGCAUUCCAGGUCCUCCGCCGCCUCGUCCACCUUCGCAGGGCUAUGUGGGCGGCGGCGCGGCGCCUCCGGCAGCAGCAGGAAUGGGCAGAGGGGCCUAUGGUGCAGGUCCGCCGCCGGGCCCUCCACCGCCGCCUCCGGCUGUCAACACUGCCGCUGGGCCGGGCGCGGGUGGUGGAUGGGGUGCUGCUGCUGUUCCUCCCAUGGCGGGUCGCGGAUACAACACGCCCCCUCAGCAAUUCCAGCAGCAGCAGCAGCAAGGCUUCAACUACCAGCAACAGCAGCCAUAUUCGCAGGGGCAGCCGCCCUAUCAGGCGGGAAGAGGUUAUCAGCAGCAGCCGCAGGGCUACCAGCAGCCAAAUUAUCCACCUGCGCUGCCGCCGCCGGAGCAGCAGCAACAUCAGCAAGGUUACCAGCAGCAUCAGCAGCAGCCACAGUGGGGAGGCAAUUAUUGAAGUAGGGAGGAAUACAUUAAAUUCUUGUAUCAGUAUCUAGUAC